AAAAAAAAAGUCAAAAAAUGGGCGCCUAUAAGUACUUGAAUGCCUUGUAUAAGAAGAAGCAAUCUGAUGCUUUGAGAUAUUUGUUGAGAGUCCGUGCUUGGGAAUUAAGACAAUUGCCAGGUAUCCACAGAGUUAACCACCCAACCAGACCAGACAAGGCUCACGCUCUUGGUUUCAAAUCCAAGCAAGGUUACGUCAUCUACAGAGUCAGAAUUCGUAGAGGUGGUCGUAAAAAGCAAGUCCCAGGUGGUAGAGUCAAUGGUAAGCCAGCUACUCAAGGUAUCCACUUGAAGCCAAAGAGAAACUUGCAAGUUGUUGCUGAAGGCAGAGUUGGUAAGAGAAUUGGUGGUUUGAGAAUUUUGAACUCAUACUGGGUUAACCAAGACGGUAGAUACAAGUGGUUCGAAGUCAUCUGUGUUGAUCCAUCUGCUGAAUCAAUCAGAGUUGAUCCACAAGUUAACUGGAUCGCUUCUCCAAAGCAUAAGCACAGAGAAAUGAGAGGUUUGACUUCCUCUGGUAAGAGACACAGAGGUCUCAGAACUAAGGGGUGUACCUCAUCCAAGGUUAGACCAUCCAGAAGAGGCGGUUGGAAGAGAAGAAACACCACCAAGUUGCAAAGAAAGAGAUAAAUCUGAGUGUUUGGUGUUCUCCUAUAAUAAAAUCAAUAUUAAAUUUAA